AUGGAUGGCAAUAACGGAUGGAGCAGCAUACUGACGAACGCGGUUGUGCAAUGUAGCUGCAAAAGCGAACGACAGCUUUACAUGUAUGGCAUCAACUCAACUCGAUGCCCCCAGUGCCAGACAAGGCUACAUUCUGGCAUCAACGCAUGUAUCAUGUGCAAUUACAACCGCGAUGCUCUGCGCAAAUGCAGGCGCUGUAGCCAGAAUGACCCUGUCAUGUGGUGUGCAGAGUGCGACGCCUUUUUUUGUAUCCACUGCUACAAAAAGCCGCAUGUGCUAAUGCUUGGAAGCUACAUACCCCAUCACUGCUUUGCCAUUGACAGCGCUAGUGGAAAGCAUUUAGUUGAAGCUGCAUGGUCGAAUGAAUUUCUAACGAUGGUGCGGGCGACGUAUCGAUUGCGUCUUUAUGGUGAAGUGCAGGUAAAUGAUGCUAGAUCGACUGUACAGCAUAUAGCGGCAGAUGCUAGAGGCGGUGUAUGUCCAACAGUGCUUGCAGCAGUAGUAUCGUCUACUACCGCCACUUCAGCAACACCUAGAAAUGAAAGCAAAGCUUCCGAAACAGUUUCUACUGUGUUCGCUACAGGUGCACCUAAGGCUGGGAUGUCAGAGCAUACUCGCAAACGGGAGUCUCCUAAUAUCGAGGACGAAUCAGAGUUGAAGUUGGCUCGUACUGAUCCAUCUCUAAAAUCGGACGGAAAGUGCCCGGCAUCAAUAAUGGAUAGUAUGAUUUUGUACGAACGCGUUAAGGCAAUGCACGAUUUGCGAGCAGCGCAAGCUAAUACACCGCACGCACGAUUGCCAAAGCCUUUGAAGCAAUCUAAUGUGCAAGACAAAUUGUUAGUUCAAUCAAUGCGAAAUAGAGAUAGCUCACAACAGUGGGAAUCACAUACACCUGAGGAGGUGACGCGAGUGAUAACACAUGAGGAACAGGAGAGAAAACGUGAGAAGGAUAAAGUGGAGCAGCAGCAGCAAAUUGAAGAGCGACCCCAUCCCAUCGAAGAUCGAGGCCAAGAGGAUUAUCCGCGACAGAAAAUAAAAACAUUGCAGCAGAAGAAUGAAAGGCAGUACGGAUGUCGUCGUCAAGACAUAUCACUGUGGCGGGAACAACAACAUUGGCGAGAUGCUGAUCAGGAUCAACAACGGCAUCAACGUUUGAAUCAUGAACAUGAAUACAUGCAAGAGCUGGUUUCACGUCGACAGGUAGCUGCACAAUCACUUGGGCUUGACGGGAGGUCAUACGAUCCACACUCUACCUUACCGCGACGUCCCUAUUCAGUCGAUGUACUCUCUCAUGCUACAGGCUUUCAGCUGUUGUCAUCUUCUACAGCUCGCGAUCUCUCGUUUCAGGGCACAGAUGAUGUUUUUUCAAUUACAAACACUGGGCCCCAUACUUAUGCGACAUGCAAGCCUGCUUCUGCACAAUUAUCGAGUUUCGAGACCGGUGUACAGGAUCACGAUAAUGAUAAUUACCACAUUGUCGUCAGGAAUCUGAAUGCUCAGCAGCAUUAUCAGCCACCAGGUUUCUCUAAUCAAAUAGUUCUACAACAUAGGAUAGCCAAGACAGGCGAAGAGAACUUCAACUGUAACAAAGUUUGUGAAAAUGACGAAUUACGAGCAAUUUGGGUUGGUGAUUACGACAAUUUCAAUGCUUUAGUUAUGCAAUUAGACAAUGAGAUCAUGCAGCGGACGAAGGAAGUACACGAAUUUGUGCACAGGUCAAACAACCUUGCGUUUCCGGAGAGUUUGAAAUUGCAAAUCGAUAGACUUCGUGUGCGACGGGACGCUGCGUUCUCGAAGAGGCUGGAGUCGGUGGCUCGUGUGCUAACCACUUCGGAGGCGGUGCGCUCCUUUGCGCAGCAGAAUGAACAUGCUGAUCGCUGGAAUGAUGUUCCCGCGGUAAUGCAUUCAUCGCAUAAGAAGUGUGCAGAGCUAGCAACUAAUAUUCGCGAGCUCGAAAGACAAGCUCAGAAGCUUCGCGAAGAAAUCGACAAAGCUGUUUCUUGUGGCAACCCCUCUCAAAUGCAAAACGUGGCUCAAUUAGGCGCUCAUAUCGCAGAUUUGGAACGAAAAAUUUCCAUUGCCAAUGGUGAGCGUGACAAACAAUUCAUCUUUAUGUUUCAAUAUAGCAAUACACUGCGAAACGUAGUGCUCAAUGAAAGGGUGGCAUCUGGAAGCAGCAACAAAUUGAGUGCAGAUGAAGAAUAG